AUGAACCUGUCAACGCGGCUCCCGUUCCUUUUCAGCUGUAAUGUGAGUCCCAGUGAUGCGCCUCAGCUGGACAUCAGUGUGACCAAAAGCGAACCACUCAUUAUCGCGGUCCCUAUGACUUUGUUCUACAGUGUGGUCUUUUUCUUUGGGGUCUUGUUAAACGGGUUGAGUAUUCUGACACUGGUGAUGGAUGCACACAUGAGAGUCAGCGCCAUUCGCUUCUACCUCCUCAGCCUUGUUAUAUCAGACAUUCUGCAGCUGAUGACUAUACCGGUCACUCUGUAUCGAUACUACUGGGAGAGCUAUCCGUGGCGUCUGGGCCAAACUGUGUGUAAAGUGUACUUCAUGGUCCGACAGGUGUACUGCGCCACCACCAGCUUGGUUAUCAUGACUUUCACCGCAGAGCGCUACGCCGCCAUUUGCCACACAAUGUGGUCUGUCUCCAGUUUGAAGAGGUCUCGGCUGCCCUGCCUCCUGGUAGUGUGGAUCAUCUCCCUCAUCUCUGCCAUCCCCUUUGCCCUGGUGUAUGACGAGGCUCGUGCUUGUAUCCUGGACUAUACUGCAGUGAAAUAUGAAGAUGCCUUUCAUGUCUCCACCAUGUGUGAGAUGACUGAGCGUGACCCUGCGCACAUAUAUACAGGGGCUCUUAUUCUGAGAGGAGUUUUAUUUUUCCUGGUCCCACUGGUGUCUAUUUUUAUCCUUUACCUGCUCAUCCUUCUGUACCUCAAGAAAAACAGUCGUCAACGAAGAAACAUGGGCCUCACACGACCCAACCCAGAAGAGAGGAGAGACGUUCAGUGCCACCAGAACGGAAAGUUACUGCAGAAUGAAAAAAGAGCUCUGAAACUCAUGGGUGCUGUGGUGGUGGCCUUCUUUGUGUGUAACUUCCCAGACAUCGCUUCAUCCCUGAUGCAGGUCUAUGUGGUCGUGUGGUCUGACACGGUCGACACUGUUUACACCAUCCUGAAGUCCUACCUGUCUCUUCCUCUGUGGUACAUCAACGGAGCUCUGGACCCUCUCCUCUUCUGCAUGUCGUCACACACUUUCCGUAGAGCGUGUUGGAGAACUCUGACGCGGCUCCGACCCGAAUGCUUCUGGAAAUACAACAACAUUUCCUGUUUGAGGCAGAACAGCACCAGUGAGGAAGGAAGCACAUCGGCUAGAGAGAGGAUAGAGUUUCACAACGGGCUCCCUGCAGACCAGACACCCCCAAAUUGGCUCAUCGGCAGCUAUGAAGACCAUAUAGAUGUAAACACGGUGUUCCUCUAUAAAAGAGAGAGAAAUGGACUCUAG